AUGGGCAAAUAGGCUUACUACUCGGAUGUUAAGCUCGAUGUUUUUCUCUUUCAAUAAAUGUUGGUCACCUGUGUUCAUACCAAAGCUGAGUGCAGUCGAUGAGUGGCUUGAUUUAUUGGCUUUAACAGAAGUUUGUCUUUUAUCAUUUUUUGAAGUUUUUGUGCAAAUAACAGUUUAAGGACUCUUAUAAUUGCUAAUAUUCUACACGUUAUCUGAAGUCAGAGGGAGAAUGCUGCUUUUCUGGCCUAUUGGAAGGCUCUCGGCCUGACCACAAUUUCCUGCAGGCUGCUAACAUCGUGCUACUAGUGCUAAGCCGGUCAGUGUGGAGGGAGGAAGAUGUCAUCCGUGAACUCAUGGUGGUACACAGAGUACGCAGAGGAUAUACAUGCUGCACUGCGCCAGAAAGAACUAAAACGAGCACAUUUCCAUUACCAGUCACCUCAGUUGCAGGACCGCAUCGGCCUGGUCCGGUGGCUGAGCAGCAAGGCGGAGAAGCUGAGCCUGUCGCUCACGACCGUGCACCUGGCGGUGUACCUCCUGGACGUGUUCAUGGACAACCACAGCAUCACGGCGGAGCGGCUGAAGCUGGUCGUGCUGGUGUGCGUGCUGCUGGCAGCGAAAUUCGAAGAGCAGGAAGUGAACGUCCCCACCGCCCGAGCACUGAACACGAUGGUGGGCGGGCAGUACGUGAUCAAGGACUACACGCUGCUGGAGAUCAUGGUGCUGAGGCACUUGCAGUGGAACCUGCUCCUGCCCACGGCUGCCCAGUUCGCGCAGUAUUACACCAGGGAGAUGACGUCCGCGGGCGACCUCCGGCACGCCCCGCACUUCGCCAGCUACCGAGAGCUGGAGUGCCACGCCUACGACUGCAUCAAGGACUACUUGGACGAAACACUGCUAGACAUCAGCGUGCACCAGUUCCUGCCCUCCGUGGUGGCUUCCACGUGUGUGCUGGCCACUCGCCGACACCUCGACCUCACUCCGGAGUGGACCCCGACACUCGGGAGCCUCACCGGCUACGAGUAUCGCGACUUGCAGCCGUGCCUCUCCUGGCUCCUGAGUUUACGCCAAAAACAAAAGCUCGCGUCUCCAGAUCACGGGUAUGUCACAGAAGAGGGUAGUCCAGAAGUUAUGAAAAUGAAAGGAAUGCUGUCGUCGAAGGCCAAUCACUGAGAUCAUAGGUGAUCAUUUUCCACAAUAAGGGUACGAAAGGCUGUGAAACGUACAUUUUGGAGACUGAUGAUGCCAAAGCUUUAAAAUAUGUGAUAAGUUGUGUAGUAAGUAGUACAAUAGUUAGACAUACAUCAUUAUUCUCAAAAGGUACUUAACUAGACCACUUUAAGGAUAAUUAUUAAACAAUUAGUGGUAAGAGAUGUAAUACUUAAAUUAAUGUAUGUUAACGUAAUGGAUUUAAUUAUUAACUAUAGUUAAUGUAAGUUAAAAUGUUUAGAAGUUAAUCAAAAGCUUGCAGUUAACUUAAGCGAGUGUCUGUGAAAGAAAAUCUUUAACUAUUUGUAAUAAAAUAUGUAAGAACUACACA